AUGGCUGGCGGAUACCCUGCGGGCAGCGCCCCAGCCCCGCUGGUGGAGGAUCUGCAGAAGAAGCGCGAGGAGCUGCGAAAGGAGCUCUUGAAGAUCGAGGCGCAGAUCGUGGAGGAGGAGGCGCUUCUGCGGCAGAAUGCCCUGCACCACAGGCCCAGCUACUCGCUGCUGAAGGGCGAGUCUGAGGAUGCCGCCCCGAGCACCAUGGUGCGGCAGGUGAGCCCGCAGGACUUCGACGCGGUGCUGAGGGACUUCCCGAGCUUGGUCAUCGAGCCCAUCGGCUCCUUCAACCACUGGGACCGGCGCGAGUGCGCUGUGGCGAAUCCCGAGGAGUGGAAGGCCGUCUGCAGCAAGUACCAGAAGGAGGUGCUGAAGGGAAAGGCCCAGAUCCCAAAGGUGAUCCAUCAGAUUUGGAUCGGGCCCAAGGAGCCUCCCUGCCUCUGGAUUGACACCUUCCGCGUGGAGUAUUUGGCGUCGCAUCCCGGCUGGGGCUUUCACCUCUGGAGCGACGACGAGGUGGCGAGGCUGCCGAUGAUCAAUGAGGAGAUCUACAACAAGGAGCGGAUGUGGCAGUGCAAGGCGGACAUUUUGCGCUUGGAGUUUCUGUGGCACCACGGGGGGAUGUACGUGGACGCCGAUAUGAUCUCAGUGGAGCAGAAGAGCCUGGACAAAAUCCUGGACCUGGGCAACGAGACUGGGUGGGUCAUUGCCUAUGAGCCGGACACCAAGGACAAGCCGUACUCCAUCCUGGGCAACUCAGUGAUUGCCUGCACUCCGCACCACCCGCUGACGCUGAUGCUGAUACUCUACUUGAAGCAAACUUUCCACCACAAGCGCGAUCACAUAGAUGUCUUCGCGGUGACGGGGCCGGUGAUGUACACCAAGUGCCUGGUGGACAGCAAGAUGCCCAUCUCCCUCGCGCCGCAGGAGUGGCUCUACCCGGCCUUCCAUUAUGUGCCGAACCCGGAUGCGAUCAACUUCGCCGCCUUUCCGAAGUGUCUGAUGUUCCAGUUCGGCUACACCUGCUCCGGCCUGGAAGGCUACGUGAAGUCCAAGAACCGGUGUAAGAAGGUGGUGGCCUUUACUGCGGCGGGGGACCAGCGCCUGGAGUUGAGCGCCCUGAGCUUCGCCUACGAGUGCAAGGUGCCCUGCUUCGCCGCCAAGGGCCUGGAGGCCAUGCGGGCGGCGGUGAGCGAGACCGGCAUGACCUCAAAGGCGGUCUUCCUCACAGACCGGGAGUUCUUCCAGAUGGACCGACUCCGGCAGGAGAUGCCAGGGUUCUUGGACCAGCUGGGCGUGCAGGGCUGGGAUGCGGUGCUGCUAGGGGUGGAGUGGAGCACCGGCAGCGAGGAGACGGUGAUCUUCCCCGUGGUGCCAGGGGGCCGGCCCCGGAACUGCAAGAUCGCCGGCCUCGUGGCGAACUUGGCGGCGCCCACCGGCCCGGCCCUGCGCGCCGCGCUGCAGCGGGCCAUCUCCGAGGACGGGUUCGACCCCUCCCCGCUCUUCGAGGCGGCGGGGCAAAUGAAGCUGCACUUCCUCGCCGAGAAGUAUGCAGGGCCCAUGGAGGAGGCCCGGCUCUUCCGCUCGAUGCCGGUGGUGCACAGGGCCUUCCAGUACCUCGCCGGCCACGAGCCGCCGAUGCACUUCGACAACCACGAGCUGCACGGGAACCUCAUGAAGGGCUACUGCAACGGCGCGGCGGGGGUGGUCUCGGCAG